CAAUGUCAAAAGUCAAAGCGUGAUAUUUUAGGUACCUACCUACUUAUUAAAAAUUCUCACUAGGAAAUUACUACUUUAACAGAAUAAGUUACUCAUUUUUAUUAUUAAUGUAUCUUAGCUGAUGAAUAUUUUCACAAUAAUAAAUUAACCAACUGCAAUUAGUAAAAUAUAAAAAAAUAUCCUAAACAUGGCUGAUGAAGAGGUUAAUGGUGAUACUGAUGACAUACAAGUCGAAAAAGAUAAAACUCAAAAGAAGGCAGCAAAACACGACAGUGGUGUAGCUGAUUUGGAAAAAGUAACUGACUAUGCCGAAGAGAAAGAAAUAUCAUCGCAAGACAUUUCUGGUGCUCUUUCAUUAAUUGGCGAUCGUAGAAAUAAAGAAGCAGCUGAAAGGCUUGAAAAAGAAAAGGAAUUGCAAAAAGUUUCAGUUAAAAAAGAUGAUAUUGAAUUAAUAGUAAAAGAAAUGGAAAUCUCUCGAACAUUAGCAGAAAGAACUCUAAGGGAACAUAGAGGUGACUUGGUGGCAGCCCUUAUAACCCUAACAAAUUAAUGACAGUCAACCUUUGUGUUAUACAUAUAUAAAAGAGUAUUUUUCAAUCUCUAA